AUGGUCAACAGUUACACCAUCACCGUCAAGAACCAAUCAGGGGUCCAGCGCAACGAAAUCUGGUCUAACGUGUUUGUCACCAAGACUGUUCCUGUGGAAAACAGUGUCACUUUCAAACUUUCUAACAAGUCCUAUGGUGUCGUGGGCUCCAGUGAAGGUAAUCCUGGUGACGCAGUAUAUAUGGAUGUCGGUGGAAACCACGAGGUCACGGUGGGCGUCAAGACGGCAACAGGGGAAGUUAUUCCAGGCAGUACUCUCAAAAUGGUUGUGGACGACGAAGAAGCUCAAUUUUCAACUGAGACUUUUCCUAACUCGUCAAUGACCAGCGCGUUUGAGAUCCGAACCGGUGAAUUCAGCGCUGCAAAGGCCAAGAGGGGCAAAUACAUGAUUGGUGUUGGUGGCUCGACCAACGGCACUGGCCUCUCAGGUGCUCAAGCAACCUUCUGUCCUGAGCCCCUCACAACAUAUCAGAUUGAACCUUUCAAGACCUAUUACCUUACGUGGGGUAACUAUCAACAGGGAGCCCUGGUUGACUACACCAAAAUCGCCAACAUCAAGGAAAUUGACUUCACAAAGCUCCCCCACGAGAUCGUCAUUACCCAUGACGAAUACAACUACUUAAACAUUCAGGGGUAA